GAACAACCAAAAAAAGAGGAAAAAGAGUUUGCGGAAAAGGAAAAGUGCAACGGAUGAAAAAAUAAUUAUUUAAUUAAUAGCAAUGUGUGUGAAAGAAAUUGCCAGCCAAGCAAUGCACAUCUGUGGCGUAUGACAACAAACGUUGCAUUUGGAAUCAGUGUGCUGGAAAUCUAUAGGCCCAAAAAUCACGAUCUCUUGUGGAAAAAAAAGAAGAAAAAAAAACGCGCCAACUAAAAGACACGGAUCACGCGGCGCCCCCUUCUACCAACAUACAUACACACACACGACACAUAAAUGAUCAUGGUGCGCCGUAGAGCGCGCCCAGCCAAGGGGCCAAUGGUGGGGGCUACUACCGCCACCACUGACCAGGCGGAUGCAUCAGCCGAACCGCUGUCCUUGAAUGUAACCGAGGCAGCCAUGGGUGUAGCCGCCGCAAAUUUACUGGACGAUCAAUACUUUGCCAGCCCAAAGCGAAAAGACUGCCGCCUUAUGAAAGCCAAUGAAAAUCUCACAAAGACAACCAUAGAAGCAAAUACAGAGCCCUCUGCAGGUCGCACAAUUGGCGUGCCCCUGGCCACACGUUCGCAAACACGCACCAUCGAGAACUUCUUCAAAGCCAAUGCUGCCGCAAAGAAUGCAAAUACAAAUCCAAAUCCUAAUCUAAAUCCAAAUAAAGAGCAAAAGACAAUAUCAGCAACACACACAGAACUUGCCUUAGUUGAGGACGUGGAACUGACGGUGGAGGAGCUGCAGUUUGAUGGUCAUUCUACAGCCUCCUCAUCGCAUUCAUCGCCAGCUUACCAAAACGAAGACGAGGAACACGACGAUGAGGUGGAUGACCAACUGGAGGUGGAGGUGGUUACCAAUGCUGUUCAAAUUUCCACAGCUGACUUCCAGUCACAUCGAUCGUCGGCUUUAAGGGAUAGCCACAGCUCGACACAUAGCAGCAGCAGCAGCAGCGCCGCCACCGACAAUAUAUUCUUGCAGGAGCCAGUGCUCACCCUGGACAUUGAUCGGACCCCCACCAAAGCAUCUAGCAUUAAGAUCAAUAAGAGUUUUGAGCUGGCCAACAUUGUAUUCUCGUCGCCACCUUCUGCAAUGAAUGCCUGCAUGCUCAAUGGGCGCUUCAAUCAGAUUGUGAGCCUCAAUGGGGGUGGACAUGUGGUUCCCAGUAUGCAGCUGGAACCGGAGGCUAUUGUUCCCCAGGCACCGAUAAUAAAUGGUUUCGAUAAUUUUGUGGACCAGCACGACAGCAGUUCCUGUGACAGCGGCGUGGCCUGCAGCCUGGGCACACCAGCUGCCGCUCCUGGGACAACAGGGCGUCGACGCAAGCCCGCCACUCCCCAUCGCAUAGUUUGUCCCUCUCCCAUCAAGACUUUGCCACGCGAAAUAGUGGGCAGUGGUGGUGGUUUAUCCCGUAAAGCUGCUGCCGGUUUCAAGGCUGAAUGCGAUCCUUUGUCGCCCAGGAAAUCGCCUCGUAAAUUGCCCACAACAACGGCAGCGGUGGCCGCCUGCAAGUCGCGACGAAGACUGAAUCAGCCAAAACCACAAGCGCCUUACCACUCGCCUCCGCUGCAGCAGCCGCCACCGCCGACAUCGUCGUCGGGAACACAUCUGAGCAACCCGACCAAUGAUGAUGCAAUCGUUGUUGUCCUGGACGACGAUGACGAGGAUCUGGAUGGUGACGAGUAUGAGGACGAUAUGGGAGCUUUGCUUAAAGCUGCCGAGGAGCGAGAGAAUCUGAACAAAGCGCCGACAGUUAACAAUAAUAAUCAUAUAAAAGCAAUGCUCAAGCCAGUGCCUCCCAAACCCAAAGUCACCAAGGGAGGGUCUAAGACCAAGACCAUGACACAGAAGUCCCAGCCACUGCCUCUGCCGUUGGCGGCCACCAAUGGCAAUCGCGAGAUGACCGAUUUCUUUCCCGUGCGCCGCAGUGUACGCAAAACCAAGACUGCCGUCAAAGAGGAAUGGAUGCGUAAUUUGGAACAGGCUGUACUCGAGGAACGCUGCGAUGGCCUCAUCGUACGCAACUUCACGGGGAAGGGUCGUGGUGUCGUGGCUGAUCGCCAUUUCAAGCGCAAUGAAUUCGUUGUGGAGUAUGUGGGUGAUCUCAUCUCCAUUGGCGAUGCCAGCGAGCGAGAGCGACGGUAUGCUCUGGACGAGAAUGCCGGCUGUUAUAUGUACUAUUUCAAGCACAAAACCCAGCAGUAUUGCAUCGAUGCCACCGUGGAUACGGGCAAAUUGGGUAGACUUAUCAAUCACUCACGCAACGGUAAUCUAAUGACCAAGGUGGUGGUAAUCAAGCAGCGGCCACAUCUCGUUCUCCUGGCCAAGGAUGAUAUUGAGCCGGGUACGGAAUUAACUUACGAUUAUGGUGAUCGCUCCAAGGAGUCGCUGCUCCAUCAUCCCUGGCUGGCCUUCUGAGGUCCAGCAAUAUGAUUUUUUUUCUCAACUUAUUUUUCAAGUGAAAAGUUAAAAAAAAAACUGUUAGUGCAAAGUAUCACACACACACACUCACACAACACACACACACACAUACAAAGACACCCACAUGGAUAAAAUGAAAAAAAAUCAACUGUUGACCAUUUUAGAAGAAAUUGAAAGCGAUAUGAAAGUUAUUAUUGAUAAUAAUGAUAAUCAAAGUUGCUAAUUUCACUGCUUGCCGAUUUAAAGGGAUCGAUAAUAUUUUGUUCAUUGCUAUAUUUGAUUAUGAUUUUAAAAGAUUUUGAUUAUAUAACCCCCGAUUAGUAAGCAGUGCUUAAUAUUUAGUAACCGGAUAGUGGAGACAUUCACAUUGCAUUCAAAUUUAUAAAGAUCGUAAACUAUUUAUAUUAUUAUACAUAUAUAUAUAUAUAUAUUAAAUAGAAUUAAUAUUAGUUACAUGUGUAAUUUGCUAAUUAUUAUAAACUAUUUACUGCCAUACCCAUCCCAUCCCAUGCACAUCAAACCCCCCACCCGCACACUCCCCAAAGCAUUCUUUACCAACAAACAAAGAGAAAUUUACACAUUUGA